AGACGGACUUGGUGGUCAUGAUUGAUAUUGACGUGGCAAACGCGACGAAAGCGCAACAAUGACGAACAAUGUAAUGCAAUUGGUGUCUCACGAGCCCAGCGCCGGGUCCAGCCUGGUCUCGAUGUCGUAUUGCCCCGUCGUCGCCUUUGUCUUUGCCCUUCACGUUGUACGAGUUGAGCCAGGGUCCCUUGCUCGCUCGGUAGUUCACUCAUCUGCUGCACGCCAGUGUUGAUUUUCUGACUUGAGCUGACCCGACUCAGAUCGCGUCGA